AGGGUACAGACUGUACGACGAUGUCCUGUCAACAAAGCCAUGUGGCCCGCUGAUUCGCAUGGAUUUUGUCUUCUUGCAGCUGCGACUUGUCAGGUGCCCUUUGUUGCCGGUACGGAUAGUAUUAGGCCCCACACUACCACUACACGUGCUCUAUACUUCGUAAACUGUUCCUUCCCCUUCGCAUCCACGAGUAACGAAGCACCAGCCUCGAGUUUCUGCCCACGCCCUCGCCUGGGGCGUUUCGGCUGGCUGGUUCUUCCUUCCCCUACUUCUAUCUUCCUUCCCAUGAUACCUGCCGUCCGAAGCUUGAUUCGACUCCUCAGUGGAAGUUCACAAUCACAACCACUGUCAGAUCGAACUUUCCUCCCUCAGGUCAACACUUACGCCGUCGACCGAUACCUUACGCAUACGAUAAUGUACAUCCACAUGUCCUUGGUGACUCGACCACGCGGGGUCGUUCACCUCUGCCCACUGGCAUGGCCCUUGGGUAAGGUACCUGAUUCUCCCGACCUGCGAAGGUAUCAGUACCCGCGGUUGCUCAUCAUGGCCCACCACGGAGGCGGAAUCGAUGACUAGGAGGCGAUGUAGGGACCAUGUGCAUUCUCUGUUGGUGCCUGCAUGAGUUCUUUCCUUUGGCCCCCCACGGGCUUACUUGGGGACUAUGGCCAUGUACAUCCAGGGCAGCCACAGUGCCGGCAAGGCGGACGUCAAA